AUUCAUGUUUUGCGCAGCCUUCGCGAAAUCUUCGUUAUACGGUUAGAUCGACAUGCUGUAUAUAGCUUUAUUUUGUAUAACGUUUGCGCUGUAUUGGACAUGGUGGCAUCGAAAAGCAAAGUCUAAACUGGAACCACCCGCUCUUCCUGGAGCAUGGCCGUUAAUCGGACAUGCACAUCUUUUUAUGGGAGAUACUGUUUAUCUCUGGAAUAAUGUAAAAGAAAUGUCAUAUCGUAGCUUAAAAGCGGGUGGAGUAACAAAAAUAUCAAUUGGACCUCAGACCAUAUACGUGUUAACAGAUCCCGAAGACUGCUUGACUGUGGCUAACGCUUGUUUACAGAAGGACAUUAUAUAUGAAUUUGCUAAACCCUGGCUAGGAGAGGGUCUUUUAACCGGAAAAGAAUCAAUAUGGAAGCGUCAUCGAAAACUGUUAAACCCAGCUUUUAAUCAGCUGGUAUUGGAUGGAUAUCAGAAGGUUUUUAACAGCCAGUCCAGACGCCUUGUAAAAGAUUUAGAGGUCGAGGUGGGAAAAGGCCCUUUUGACCAUUUAGUUUACACGCUACGUAAUUCCCUGGAAACUGUUUGUUUAACUACCAUGGGAGUUGAUUUGUGCGAUGACAGCAUUAUGAAUAGCCAUUACGUGCAAGCAGUAAAGCAGAUCUUAAGCAUUAUGAUAGAAAGACUUCAAAAGUACUGGCUGCACAAUAAUUUUAUCUACAGCUGGUCAACUUUAAAGAAGAAAGAAGAUCAGUGUUUAAGAACAUUGCAUAAUAUGUCUAAUAAGGUAUUGCAAGCACGUAAGGCAGCGUACUUAAAUAAUAAGAAGAAUGGAUUAGAAGCUUCAAGCGGUACGUAUAUACAUACAUUAAUAAAAAAUAGUUCAAUUUAUGGUGUAUAACGAUUUUUGCAUUGAGAUUUUGAUAUGUGCUAUUAUCUUCUCAUUUGAAGCGGUAUCGAACCUCUUGUGAUGGGACUACAGACCAAGUUAAUGCAUUGAUUAUACAAUGGAAGACUACUGCAUAUUACUAAUAGGCAGGCAAUCAAGAUUUCAAUUCCACCAAAAAUUAUUUUGAAAUCAUAACAUAAUCACAAAUCAUAAAAACUUAACCACAAAAACAUUAUCAGAAAUUACACCCACAAACAUCACCUUUAUAGCGUGCCUUAAGCAGAAAGCACGCAUGUAUGUUCUGCUAGGGAUUUAGAUAAUUAUAUUCCUAAAUAUUCCUAAAAAUUAAGAUUUGAACGUUUUGUCGCAUGAAAUCGUAUCUAGCAAUCAUAUUAUACAUAUAAAUGACAUAAAAGCAUAUUGUCAGAAAGAUAAGUGAUUGUUGAACUUAUUAUUAUUUUUUAAAUCGAUUAUUUACUAUUUUUACAUAAAAAAGGGGUUCCACACCAUAAGCCACUUAGGCUUAUGGUGUGGACGUUAAUAAAGGACCGUAAUUCUUGGAACCAACACGUAUUUCUGGGCCUAGUGCGACCUGUAUAGAUAACAUUUUUACAGAUGUUAAGCCCUUGCAUAAAUCAAUUAUUCAAAAUUUAAGUUCAGAUCACUGUGGACAGUUAGUACCACUACCUUACAUACACAAAAAACAGAAAAAUAAGAAAGUUGUGUUUGUUCCAAUAAAUGAACAUCGCUUGGAGAGGUUUAGAAGUAAUAUAAUAAAAAGAAUUCCAUCACUUUCGUUUAAAAAUAGUGCUAGUUAUUUGUAUGCUACAUUAUUUGAAUUCAUACGUUGUGAAUUUAGUAGAAUAUUUACUUCUAAAACUUUCUCUUUUAACAGUCGCAAAUCAUUUAAUGAAUGGGCGACAGUAGGAAUUUAUAAAUGUAGGCGAAGGUUAUACGAGCUUUAUGAUGAAAGAUCAUAUAAUAGUAGUGUUAUAUUUAGAGAUUAUGUAAAAACAUAUUCUAAAAAAUUUAAAAAGUGUGCUCCACUGCUAAGGCUUUACAUUUAAGCAACAAAAUUAAAACUGCAUCCGACAAAAUUAAAAUGACCUGGAGAAUAAUAAAUAGUGAAACGGGUAAGGUCAAACCGCGAAACUCGGAUUUUCAAUUAAAUAUUAACAAUAAUUUAACGCGAUCUGAUCCAGAAGUUGCUAUGGCUUUUGAGAAACAUUUUACUGAUAUUCCUUUUUUGACAACAAAAUCAUUAAAUUCUUCUCCUACUGUCGCCGAAUCAUUGCUCAAACAAAAUGUAAAGACUUGUUCAAAUACUUUUAAAUUCCAUAGGGUACUGCCCAAAGAUAUCGUUAAAUAUUUUAAAACUAUUGAUGUUAAGAAAACGGCAGUGUUAUGGGGAAUUUCCGUUAAAGUUAUUUUAUCUAUAAUAGAUACAUUAGCACCUUAUCUAGCCACUAUAUUUAAUAUAAGCGUCGAAUCUGGUGUGUUUCCUGAUUUAAUGAAACAUAGUAAAGUCAUACCUAUAUUUAAAUCUGGUAGUACAUUAGACCCCACCAAUUUUAGACCAAUUUCUGUACUACAAACAUUUAGUAAAAUUUUUGAAAAAAUUAUUUUAGAUCAGAUGUUAAGUUUCUUCAAUAUUAAUAAAUAGCUACAUAAAAAUCAAUUCGGUUUUACAAGGGGUCGCUCGACAACUGACGCUGGAGUUGAGCUUAUUAAACAUAUUUUUUGUGCAUGGGAGAAUUCAGAGGAUGCUUUGGGUAUAUUUUGUGACCUUUCCAAGGCCUUCGACUGUGUUCACCAUGAGUUAUUAAUCAGGAAGCUACAGUACUAUGGUGUCAAGAACAUAGCGCUUAAACUUAUUAUUUCAUAUUUAAGUAAUAGAAAACAGAAUGUUAUUAUCAAUGGUAAAAGUUCUUCCGGGUUAUCUGUACUAAUGGGUGUUCCUCAGGGCUUGAUUCUCGGCCCAUUCCUGUUUCUGGUGUAUAUUAAUGACUUACCUCACCUUGUAGGGGAUAGUCAUGAUAUAGUAUUAUUUGCUGAUGAUACUUCCUUGAUUUUUAAACUUAAACGUCAAUCAUUUAAAUGUGACGAAGUGAAUAAUGCUAUAUCAAAAUUAGUGCAUUGGUUUAACGUUAAUAAUCUGCAUUUGAACGGAAAUAAAACUAAUUGUGUUAAAUUUACAACAACGAAUGUUAAAAAUCUGAAUACCAAUGUGUUUUUAAAUGGGGAGGAAUUGAGCCCUGUUGUAUCCACUGUUUUUCUUGGCAUCACUCUUGACGCAAAGUUUCAGUGGGGCCCCCAUAUAUCCAAAUUAGCAAGCAGACUAAGUUCUGCAGCCUAUGCUGUAAAAAAGAUUAGAGGUCUCACUAGUGUCGAGACAGCUAGAUUAGUUUAUUUUAGUUAUUUUCAUAGCAUAAUGUCUUAUGGGAUUUUGCUAUGGGGAAAUGCGGCUGAUUCAGAAACUAUUUUUGUUUUACAGAAGAGGGCCAUUAGAGCUAUUUACAAUAUAAAACCGAGAGAGUCUCUUACAGAUAAAUUUAAAGAAAUUAAUAUAUUAACUUUGGCCUCUCAGUAUAUUUACGAAAAUUUAAUGUAUGUUCACAAAAACAAAGAUAGUUUUAGUAAAAGAAGUGAUAUACAUUCUGUAAACACUAGGAACAAACACAAGCUAAUGAUACCAGUUUCUCGACUCCACAGAGUCAGUAAUUCAUUCUUGGGGCAAUGUAUACGCUAUUACAACAAGGUCCCGGAAAGUGUACAGGUUCUCUGUAUUACCAAGUUUAAAUGUUUUAUUAAGUUGAAACUGUAUAAAAAGGGUUAUUAUAGUAUAAAUGAAUACAUGGUUGAUAAUAACCCCUGGGAAUGAGGUGAUCGCUUCCAAGCAGUUUCUAAAAUAAAUUUUGUAAAUAGUUCGUAAUCAUUUAUAUUGUAAAAUUUAUUUAAAAAAAAAAGUCCCGCUGGGUUUCUUGCUGGUUCUUCCCAGAACAGAGGGUUUUUUUCGAACCAGUGGUAAAGUAAAAAAUGACUUUCAAUAAGAAUUACACAUGUAAUGUAUAUUGAAUAAAAAAUAUUCUAUUCUAUUCU